AUGGCUCAUCGAGUUACCCCGCCAAAGAAACCCAGUAAAGUCUGUGUGAACAUCACUAAUAAGUCAAACAUCUAUGCUGCAUUAUGGAUCACGGCCUUCCUCGCAACUGUAGCCUCCCUGGGCUACCUCAUCUAUGUCACGCCUCGCUUUCAGGAUGCGGAGCAUCAAGAUUCAGCUCCAGAAGACUGGCUCAGUCGUCAGGAGAGAAUCUCCAUCAAUGGGAUUUUGGGAAAUUUGGGAAGUACGGGUGCAAAAGCAUACGGUGCUGUUGAUGGAGUACUACUAGACAGCCCCUUACCCGCCCCGCAAGACCAUCCCUGGACACGUGUUCGCGACUCCAACAUCGUCUUCAAAACCCUUAUCGAACGCUUCAUCCGAACCGACGACCAGCAACUUCAGCUAGCCAUCAACAGCUUUAUCACCGCCCAAGCAUCUAUACAGACCGCACAAAGCCCAUCAGGAACCCUAGACGACGGAAAGGGGCUUGGUGAACCGCGCUUUCUCCCUAACAUCACGGCUGACCCCACGAACCGCGGUCGCCCAAAGCACGAUGGACCGACUCUUCGCGCGAUUGCGCUCAUGACAUACGGGCGCUGGCUGUUCAGUAAUGGGUACGAAGAUGCGGCGAGGGAUGUAGUGUGGCCUAUUCUUCGGAACGAUCUCAACUACGUUGCAGAAUUCUGGUCUCAACCUGGCUUAAAUUUCUGGUCAACUCCUCAAAACGUCAGUGUAGUGGAAUCGUUCUUCAUCACAGCCGCACAUCACCGCGCUCUAGUCGAAGGAGCGGCAUUCGCGAAGACGAUCGGGGAAACGUGUUCACACUGCGAGUCACAAGCUCCCCAGAUUCUAUGCAAGCUGCAGGAUCAUUGGGAGGUCGGAGAGCAUCACUGGUGCAUAGCCGCAGACCUCGCCGAAGGACUUCCGAUCGACGGACGCAGCGGAUGCGACACCAGCACACUACUCAGCGCGAUCUCAAAUUUCGACCCAGAAGCAGGCUGUAACGACGAGACAUUCCAGCCAUGCAGCCAGCCGAUGCUGCGCAACCACAAAGAGGUCGUCGACCGGUUCCGUGGAUGGGACAUCAACGCCAACAUCUCAGCUGGCGAGGCUAUUGCUAUAGGGCGCUAUCCAGAGGACGAUCAUGGCAACGCAUGGUACCCCUCCACCCUCGCCGCCGCCGAACUUCUCUACGCCUCCCUACACGCCUACACGAAAUUCGGCUCCAUCACCAUCGGCAACACCUCCCUCGCCUUCUGGACCCCCAUCUACGCUUCCGCCCGCACAGGCCUCUUUCGUAACAACGCCACCGACCCGUCCGAAGUCUCCACCUAUAACGCCCUCUACGCCGCCAUGAAGUCUUACGCCGAUGGCUUCGUCGACAUCGUGCGCUCUAGCAUUCCUGAAGACGGAUCCCUAGCCGAGCAAUUCAGCAAGGUAGAUGGAAAGCCACUAGGCGCGAAGCACUUUUCUUGGAGCUAUGGUGCAUGGCUUAGUAUGAUGGAUAGGCGGGAGGGCAGAAUGCCUUCAUCCUGGAGCGCGCUCGACGCGUCCCACGUCCCGAGCAAUUGUUCCACAGGAGGUAUUAAGGGGAGCUACAGUCCAGCCAACAACACCCAAUGGCCGAAGUUCCCGUGCAAAUCCGUUAAGAAGGUGCAGGUCACGUUUAAUGUUUUGCGGGCAGUGGGUGAAGGGGAGGGGGUGUUUGUGUCUGGUUCUGUGCCUGAGCUUGGGAAGUGGGACGAGAAAAAGACGGUCAAGAUGGAUGGGGAGAGGUAUGAUAAGGAGAGGCUGCCGCUUUGGAGUGUGUCGGUAGAGGUUCCUGCUGGGACGAAGUUUGAGUACAGAUAUAAAAUGAAUGGUAGUGAUGGUGGGGUGAGUAAGACUUUUGGGUUUCAAGUUGAGAAGGAGACGUGUUGGUAUGCGGUUGCGAUCAACGACACGUGGGUAGAGUAG